CCAAAUCUCAACUGUGGGACUGCUGCAUUCAACAAAGAUGGAUUCCAGCGACGGCGAAGUCCACCUCGAAGAAGGAAAGAACAUCCAGAACAACCCCCUAAGCAUGUUCGAUCUCACACCCACCACCUCGACCUUCACCAAGUCAUCGCUUCCAUACUCCAAGAGCCCCCGGCAUGUGGGUGCGGUCGGCACGUUCCGGUAUCUGACUCCGAGCGACUUGAAGACCAGCAGCGGGAAAGCGCCGUACGACUUCGCCGUAAUCGCCCAUCGAUCCGUGCAGCAGUCGCCGAAGGGUUGUUGGUUUUGGCCGUUCAACACUGCAGAGCGCUUGGGGUUUCGACGGCUGUGCAUGGUGAGCAGUCCGUUGCUUGAAGACGGCGAAGACGAACAUCGGCGCAUCGUGGAAAAGCUGUGUGCGCAAGGUCUGUCCAUCGACAUCAUCGACGGCGGUCACUCAACAGGAGAAUUGACGUCCGACUUUUUCAUCCUCCUCAUUCGCGCAAGCGACGAGGUGGCUACGGCGUACGCCAAAAAGUUUCGCCGCAAGCUUUGGGUCGACCACGGGGGGGUGUGCGACAUGCCGCAGGACUUUAUGGACCACGCGGCGCGUCCCAUCACGCCAGCCGAGCGCAUCCAGAUCGUCGAGUACAUCGUGGACGUUCGCGCGGGGUUAAGCAAGGCGCGGGACCGGUGGAUCCACGACAUGUUUCCUGUGCACGACAACAAGAUGACGACGCAGCUCUUGACCAACUACGUCGCGGCGUUCCCUGGAACGUUGGAGCGUCGGAAUCGGCAGUUUAUCGACUCGAUUCGGCACAACUUUGGCGAAAAGGUGGCGUACUACUUUGCGUUCAUGCACUUUUACAACAAGGCGCUGCUGCCGCUCGCGCUUCUGGGCAUCGCCAUGCAGAUCCUGCACUCGGCCAUCUCCACGACCGCGUACAUGCGCGUGUUGCCGUUCUGGGGCGUCGGGGUCUCCGUGAUCUGGUCGUUUGUGUUCCUCAAAGCAUGGGACCGCGAGAACGCGACGAUGCAGUUUGCAUGGAACGCCAAGCUUCACGUCAAGCAGAUCGAGUACCCGAACCCGUCAUUCCAUGGCCAAGACGUGGAGAACCCGCUGACGGGCGAGAUGACCAAGAAGCAGACGCAGUCGUGGCGGCGCGGACCGAUCUACGUCCUAGGGGCAAUGUUCAUGCUGCUGCAGACCGCCAUCAUGCUCGUGCUCGUGGCGCUGUGGGUAAGCAUCUACGAGAUGCUCAAGGACAAGUACAAGGCGGGCGGGUUGUUUACCACUCAAUGGUUUGCGAUAUUGGCCGAAGGGAUCGUGUUUGGGCUAUUUGUGGACGUGAUCCAGUGGAACUUUGUCGUGACCAACAUGGCGCGGCUGUUCACGACGUGGGAAAACUACCCCACCGAGGAGCAGCAUGAACGCGCGCUCAUCCGAAAGCUAUUUCUCAUGGACUUUCUCAACUACUACACGUGGUUCUUUUCGCUUGCGUUCGUGUACGUUGUGCCGACCCUGGGCGAUGCGCUCACGAACGUGUUCAACACGGCGCUAUUCCACGACGCCCCCAACUGCUGCUUUGGCCCGUACCUGAAGGAAGUCGGCCCAUUUGCAUUCGAAUGCAGUCGAUGUCCUGGCGGUGACGCGUCCAAGCUAUGCACGCCUUGCACGGGCUGGUUUACGUUUGAUGUGCAUCAUGUCGACCUGAGCGCGAUGUUUGUGACGCCGAUUGUGGUCACGCAGUUGCUCAAUAUCGUAAUCAACACGGUCAUGCCGUUGCUCAGCAAAUGGCGCCAGGAACGGCUGCGCGCCGCCGCCGACGCCGACGCCCACCAGCGCGUGAUGGACGCCGGGUCCAUGAAAAUCCUCGGUAACCUCGACUACGACCAAACGUACGUACUACGUACAUGUGUGUGCAAGAGCGCGACGGUCUUUGGCAACAAGGACCAGUCUCGGUACCUCGAGUACACGCCCGCGGAGAUUGAAACGCUCAACCAGAAAGCCCGGGAAAUCCUCUUUGAAAGCGAACAAGCGCACUACGACCCGUACAAUGACUUUCACCAGUUGACCGUACAGUACGGCUUUACCGUCAUGUUCUCGAUCCUGUGGCCGCCCAUGCCCAUGGCAUGCAUGCUGAUCAACUUUCUCAAAGUGCGAACCGAUGGCUACCGCUUGUGUCGUACGCUCAAGCGCCCAUUUCCUCGAAAAGCCAACGGAAUUGGCGCGUGGCGCGAUAUCUUUGGCACGUUUGCGUACAUUGCCGUGGUCGUAAACGUACGUACUGUACAUAUUUAUAUUCUUUGUUUCUAUAUUGGAAAACCCAUGGUAGAUCUUACUCGUGUGCAUGUCCACGGGGAGCAUGGAGUUUUACAGCGACCUGUGCAUCAAGGAUUAUGCGUUCAAUUUGGACAAGGAAGGCAAGUCGCUCGUGGACUUUGUCAUGGGGCCAAACUUUUAUUGCCUCAACUUUACGCUGCGGCUCGUGGUGAUUAUCGUGCUGGAGCAUCUGCUGCUGGCCGUGGCGUACCUUGUGAUGGUCAAGAUUCCGGGGGUGCCGUCGCGGCUGCAGGCUAUCAUGGACGCCCGCGAACACAAGUUUAAGAAAAUGCUUGAAGCCAGCGAACCCCACUUGCCCCUGGACCUGGCCACGAGUCCGACAAUAGCGGAUAAUCUGCCAGUGCCACCCCCGACCAAGCAGCGGGCGUCGAUCACCAAGACAAAGUCCCCACCCAAGGACAAGACCCCCGACUCGCUCAAGCGCAAAGACUCAGACAAGGCGGCAUUGGCUCGGCAAUGGUCCGACUAGCCAGCCCGCUAAAUAUACCCGAAGCCGACUAUUAACGUGACUUGGGAUUAUAAACCACACAGUUAUCAACUGACUCGGUCGGGGGCAUGGACUAGUUGCCAAGCAGCUGAUGCGGCUAUGAUUAUAACGUUAUCGAUGAAAAAACUAGUUUGACACGAGAAGCGUUCAAAUUAAAUAGAGACCGCGUAAUGUGA